UGUCAUUGUUGAUGUAUUGCCACAAAAUCAAACAUGAUCUACAAAUUGGUCUUAAGACUGAAUUUGGUCUAGUUGUCUUGAUUAAACAGAACUUAUAACCACUAAGAAAAUUGUAGAGAAGGAGUCUUCAACUCUGGACCUUGAGAUCCACUUUCCUGGAAACAUUAGCUCCAACCUGGAUUAAACACAUCUACCUGCAACUUUAUAGUAAUCCUGAAGACUUUGAUUAGCUUGUUCAGGUGUGUUUGAUUAGAGUUGGAGUUAAACUCUGCAGGAAACUAGAUCUUGAGUUCCAGAGUUGAGGAGUGUAGAGUAAGGGUCACCAACCCUCCUCCUGGAGGUCUACAAUCCUGCAGGUUUCAGUACCUACCCUUCUGCAACACACCUUCCUGUUAUUUUCAAGUAAUCCCGAACACCUUGAUUAGCUUCUUCAGGUGUAUUUGAUUAGGAUUGGAGCCAAACUCUGCAGGACAGUGGCUCUAGGAGCAGGAUUGGUCAGCAUGUCUUUCUAACAAUAAAAGAUCUAAAUCUGAUAUACAAAUCAAAAACAGUUGUCCCUAAUGUCAACAGGCAUGGCAAAGGAUAUUAGCAUGUUAAAAAUGUUCAGUUAACAUUAUUAUUUGUCAUUUUUGCUUAUUCCAGAAUUUCGUUCACUGGUUUCAGUUCCUCAUACUUCAUGGAGAGUCAACUGCACCAUGACACAAGUUUCAGCACCAUCCUCAGAAACAACCUGCCCUCCUCUAACUUAACAACUGAUUCAGUCAACACGACAAACGCUGUCAGUGUGUUUGGAGGGUGCGAACAAAUGGUGAGUGGUAUCAUUUUUGACCUAACUAUGCAAUCCUUUAAUGUGAUCAUAGGAAUACCUGCCAACAUCCUGGUCAUCGCAAACCUAAUAAGCACCCGGAAUGAUCCUUUAACUUCUGACAUCUUCCUGGGCUGCCUGGCUUUCAUGGACGCGUACUUUGGAUUCAUGACAAUAAUAUCAUUCCUCAAUCUUUACCACUGGAGGAGUGCUAUGGCUUGGAUGGCUAUAAAGUUCUCCUAUGGUGUGAAGGACACCAGUGGGCCGCUUUUCCUCUCCUGCGUCUGUCUGGAUCGCUUUAUAGCCGUUCUCUUCCCCAUUGCAUUUGGACAGUUGAAGGACAUCAAAUACAGGAUCAGUCUGACCAUUGUGAUUCUGCUGCUCACUUUUGCUUACUCUUCAGCCAAAACUGUUGGUGGCAUCCACAACUUUGAGAAGGUUUUCACUGGUGAGGUCUUGUUUGCUUUCACCUGGAUGGUGGUGUGUAAUGUGGCCAUUCUCUGGGCCCUGAAACGCUCACGAGGCUCUGGUAAAGAUGAGAUGCAUCCUAUGAAAAGAAAGGCCUUUAAGAUGGUGCUGUCUAUCUUGAUCAUAAUCAUAAGCAACUAUCUCCCUCCAGUUGCUAUGUUCCCCUUUGAAGACCAUUAUCCACAUCAGGUCUUCAGUUGCUAUGUGCAACCAGUCUGUUUUGCCUUUGUAAACAUCAGCAGCACUAUCCAGCCUUUAACUUACUUGUCCCGCUUAGAGAAAGUACCAUUCUUGCCUGAAUCUUGUGUGAAGAAAUUAAGCUGCAAGGAAAAAGACAAGCCCUUAAAUGAAUGACAUCUUCCUGAAACAUUGUCUGAAAUAUGCUGUUAAAAUCAUUUAACAUGCUUCUGUAGUAGUAACU